AUGGGUGGGGGUAUGAUUCCGGCGUACCUGCAGCAUCAGUUCCCUUCAGCGUCGAUAGACAUCGUUGACCUUGAGAAAGACAUCUUUCCCAUCGCAUUCACCUGGUUCAACGUCGUUGAGCGCCCGUCGACCAGGACCUUUGUGGCUGACGGGCGGCGCUGGCUGAAUGACUACAAGGAAGCUCAAGGAAGAUAUGAUGUUGUCGUGCAGGACGCUUGCGCUGGACAUCCUUGCUCAAUGUUGACUGUGGAGGGGCUGACGAUCAUCAGAGAACGAGUUCUCGCUGAACAUGGCGUCAUCGUUCAGAACUUGUUUGGGAGCCAGGUGAACGUCCUGAGGACGUAUCAGGAGGUUUUCCCUUCAGUUGUCCUAGUGGAUACCGGAUUCUCAUCGAAGAUCAUUGUGAGUAGCUCCGAACAUCUUCCAACAAGACAAGCAUUCCUGGAUCGGUCAAGACUCCUGCAGUUCAUGGAGAGAGGACCUCUGUAUGAAGAGCUGCUGUGA